CUCUUGUAUUAAAUGGAAAUGGAGCUAAUAUGGCAAAGCAUUGUGUGCCACCUGUUCCUACAGCGAGGAUAUCAAUUACGUUCAGAAGAAUGGAUGACUCCAAACGGCCGAUUGGUUAUGUGACAGAACCUGAUUUGCAGGAUAUUCAACAAUUGCCGUAUGUAGUGGACAGAAGAAAUUAUAGGUUAAAUAAUUGUCCAAGGCCCGAGUAUUACAGUAUGAUGACAUGGAGGGGAUGUAGCGAGGAAAGACGCACUAGCAGAAAGCCUCGUUCAUCAUCAUGCCAGUCAUGCCGACGUAAUUCAUUAAGUCGGAGUCGAAAACCUCCAUAUAGGAACAGAAGUAGGGGCCUUUGAAUUAAUGUUAGUAUAUAGCUCUAUAUCUUAAUGGGUUACAUCAUUAAUGGGAC